AAGAGAAUAACAGUCAUUUGUUGUGGCGUCUUCGGCGCAUGCGCGGGGGUGUUUGCGUCUUGUGCGUGGCCUACUUGGCGGAGGCGUUGUUUCCUCUUCCGUUACUGCCUCUUAACCCUGCGCCAUGGCAGACCCUCGCGUCAGACAGAUCAAAAUCAAAACGGGCGUAGUGAAACGUUUGGCAAAGGAAAGGGUUAUGUAUGAAAAAGAAGCAAAACAGCAGGAAGAAAAGAUUGAAAAAAUGAAAACUGAAGAUCCUGAUGACUAUUCAAUAAAAAAGCAGAUUGAAGUCUUGCAGGAAUCUCGAAUGAUGAUUCCAGAUUGCCAACGCAGAUUAGAAGCUGCACGGGCCGAUCUUGUUCAGCUAUUGGAAAAUGAAAAGGAAUUGGAAGAAACUGAUGAAUAUAAAGAUGCAUUCUCAGUACUGGAGUCAAUAAAGUUAGAUGCCUAGAUUGUGUUUACACUACUUUAUGUUUGCCUCGGUAUUGGGUCCAUUUGCCACUCUUUACUAAUAUUUGGCCAUUGCUGUAUUUGUGUAGUCUUUACGUAUGAUGAUGUGCUAAAACUGUUUUUUAUUCAAUUUAAACUAAUUUAGCCUAAUCUUUCUUUGAAAUUUUUCGAAACACUUUCUUGAAAGCUGUAUAAUCAGAAUACAGACUGCAAAUAAAAAAGAAAUAAAAGAAUGAA